UAUGAAAGGAAGAACUGGAGGUUUAACAGCCAAAAUGAACAAUGUAUUAUUAAUGAUUAUUAUUUUCAUUAGUAAAACUAAAAUAGAAGAUAAUAAGAGAAUGAUCAAUUGGUACGGAAAGCAGAUUAAAAUAAAAUAUCACUUGCAGAAAUUUUUAUGGCAAAUUCUUAAUAAUUAGGAGGAUUGGAAGAUGGAAAAGUAUUAUCUGGGAAUAUUUGAUAGGUGACAAAAAUGUAUUUUCACAAAUUUUUAUUUAUGGAGUAGGUUUGUUUUGCAUUCAAUUUAAUGGGAUUAGGAAUUAGUGUUAUCUAAUAUGAUUUAGAAUAUGAAGAAUUUACUAAUGAAGAUCCUAUGAAAGAUGUAAUAUUAAAGAUAAUUCUAGAUUUCAUUAUGGUUAUUAUGGUUAGUAUUUGUAUCAUCAUGUCUAUUGGUUUUUUUAACAGUUUAUCGUUAUUAAGCCCAUAUUGAAUGGAUGAAAUCAAGAAAAUCAAUGGCUCCUGGAGAUUAAAUCUGGCAUACUGAUGAUUGGUUACCAAUGCUCAUAGAAUUAGCAGUUUAUUGUAUUGUUCCUCUACCAUUUACUAAAGGAAUUAGAGUUAACUUUUACAAUCCAAUUUAAGGGAGUGAAGCCUAUUAUCAUGUGAAUGAAAUCUUAGCUUUAAUUAUGAUUUGCAGAGUUAUUUACUUAUAUAGAACUCUCUUAACUCUUACUUUCUGGUAUAAUAACAGAACACAAAGAGUUUGUAAUUUAUAUGCUUGUGAAUCUAAUUAUAUGUUUGUGGCAAAAUCUCUAUUAAGAACAAUGCCAUACACUGCCUUAUUUAUUGCUUUAAUAUCUUUAAUAUGUAUUUUUGGAUAUGCUGUAAGAAUUUGUGAAAGACCACUCUCAAGAAAUGAUCCAACAAGCAAUAAUUUAGGAGUGUUUUAAAAUGCUUUAUGGAAUAUUAUUAUUACAAUAACCACUGUAGGUUAUGGUGAUUUCUACACUAGAACUGAUUUAGGCAGAUUUGUAAUCUUUAUAGUUUGUGUUCUUGGUAUCUUUGUAGUUUCAGUUAUGGUUGUUACUUUAAUAGAAUCUCUAAAGGUUACUUCAUUAGAAGGUCAUGCAAUUACAGUUUUAGAGAGAGUUGCUUUGAGAGAAAAACUUAAACAUGAAGCUGCUUUAGUUAUUAUACUUACUGCAAAAGCUGCUCUUGGUUAUAAGUAAAAUAUAAAUUCAAAUAUUAUUUUAGAAAUGGAACUUUGACUAGAAAAUAACAUCAUUAAUUAAUAGUUAGAUUAAAAUAAACCUUAAUUAAUUUUAAAAUGACCCAUAGAUAACAUAAAACUAAAUAAGAUGAGAAUAGUUUGAAUGAAGAAAUCACUAAUUAAUUCAGUCUCUUAAAAAAUGACUUUAAAUAAUUAAUGGAAAGAUAAUAAGUGUUGAUUUCAACCAAUAAUUUGAUCUAUUAGAAACUAGGAUUUGAUAAUAACAAAUCAAUUGUCAAUAUUUGA